UGCUGGAUUCCCCAGAUUCAAAACUUUGCUUGCGCUUGCGGUUAGGUAAAACAGUCGCGUGGCUUCGCCGCGUAACAUUUUGACGUUUACGCGUACAAUGUGAUGGAACUCGCAGCAAAUUAUGAACGCUACGCGGUUUCCUGAGAUAUACGGUCGCCGAAGAGGUUAUACGCGCAUGUAGAUUCGCGAAUGUAACAAGCGGCACUAUUUGAUCCCGCAUGAGAGAUUGACGGAACGGAGAUGGAACUCGGCGAGUUGGAGCAAUCCGUGGAGAAUCUGGGCGCAGUGAUUAACGACUUCCCAAUCGGCGCGGUCUCGCUGGACGACUUCAAGCCCGUCAACGAGAAGAUCCAGGCGACCAGGGAGUCCUUGAUGCACUUGAACGCCAGGUUAUUACUGCUUAGAGCAAAGUACAAACAGUACACCGAGCGCACCGAUGAUGGUUCAAGGCGGAACGAGGAGGAUCUUUCAGGCGUAUUGCAGGACGUUAUAAGCGACACGCUCAUCAACUCGAAGGCCAUUAAAUUAUGUCUUCAUAGUACUACUAUCCUUUCUAUCCUCAGCAAAAAGGAGGGUACUGAGGAAGAUCAGAAGAAAAUCUACGCUUAUAUGCGCAAGCUGUUUACUCUUAAUGACAGUAUUAUGGCUGUUCAGAACUCCAUUGAGGCGGCAUCUCAAGAACAAUUGGAUCUGAAGGUGGAGUGUCAAAAGGCACUGCUCGACCACAAAAAUUUUCUGAAGGAACAGGAACGAAUACAAGGCGAGAGAUUGCAGGAGACGAAUCCUGAGAUAGUAAAAAAUAAAAACAGGAUGGAGAAGAGCUUACGGAAGAUAAAUGUAACGAAAAAACUCAUUAGAAGUUUCAUAGCAGCGUCCGGUUACAUGUUGACGAAGGAGCCGCUGUUAGAAAUGUUAGAGGCUAAUAGAGAAUUAUUAAAUGUCGAAAUGAUAGCAAAAAUGUCCCAAAGUAGCGAAAACGUAUUAGCAUCUACAAUAGAGCGAAAGAGAAAGACAGAGAACUCAUAGCAAAACGGAAAUCUCAAAGAGAAAGUACGCAGGAAUUCAUUAAGAAUUUUUUUCUCUUACUUGCUAAGCGCAAUAGACACAACACAUAUUUACAAGAAUAAGCUUCCACGCAAAUUUCAAUGUCUUUCUUAUUUCUUUCCUUUCUUUUUUAAGUUCCUCUGUUAAAACGUCCUCCUGGACUGUCUUGUACGAGUUAAUUCUUAAAUAAAGCAUAAUCAGUAUUG